GCCUCGGGUUACGGGCGCUCCUGGCAGGCGGAAGCAGGACGCCAUGGAGCGCUCCCUGCACCGCGUCUCCCUCGGGAGCCGGCGUGCCCACCCGGACUUGUCCUUCUACCUCACCACCUUUGGUCAGCUGAAGCUGUCGAUCGAUGCUCAGGACCGGGUUCUGCUGCUCCACAUUAUAGAAGGCAAAGGCCUGAUGAGCAAAGAGCCUGGCAUCUGUGAUCCCUACGUGAAGAUUUCUUUGAUCCCUGAAGAUAAUCAUCGACUCCGUCGCCAGAAGACGCAGACCAUUCUAGGCUGCAGAGAGCCGGUCUUCCACGAGCACUUCUUCUUUCUUGUCCAAGAGGAAGAUGAACAGAAGCGCCUUCUGGUCACUGUGUGGAACAGGGCAGGUGACUCCAGACAGAGUGGAUUCAUCGGCUGCAUGAGCUUUGGGGUGAAGUCGCUCCUGACUCCGGACAAGGAGAUCAACGGCUGGUACUACCUUCUGGGGGAACACCUGGGCCGGACCAAGCACCUGAAGGUGGCCAGGCGGCGACUGCGGCCCCUGAGAGGCCCGCUGCAGAGAAUUCCAGGAUAUGGGGACACUGAGAGCGGGGAGAAACUCAAGAUCACCAUCCCGAGGGGGAAGGACGGCUUUGGCUUCACCAUCUGCUGUGACUCUCCGGUUCGAGUCCAGGCUGUGGAUUCUGGGGGUCCGGCAGAGCGGGCAGGGCUGCAGCAGCUGGACACCGUGCUACAGCUGAACGAGAGGCCUGUGGAGCACUGGAAAUGCGUGGAGCUGGCGCAUGAGAUCCGGAGCUGCCCCAGUGAGAUCAUCCUGCUUGUGUGGCGUAUGGUCCCCCAGGUCAAGCCGGGGCCAGACGGCGGGGUCCUGCGGCGGGCCUCCUGCAAGUCGACGCACGACCUCCAGUCGCCCCCCAAUAAGCGGGAGAAGAACUGCACCCACGGGGCCCAGGCACGGCCUGAGCAGCGCCACAGCUGUCACCUGGUGUGUGACAGUUCAGACGGGCUACUACUCGGUGGCUGGGAACGCUACACAGAGGUGGCCAAGCGCGGGGGCCAGCACACCCUGCCUGCGCUGUCCCGUGCCACCGCCUCCACUGACCCCAACUACAUCAUCCUGGCCCCACUGAACCCUGGGAGCCAGCUGCUGCGGCCUCUGUACCAGGAGGAUGCCAUCCCCGAAGAAUCAGGUGGUCCCAGUAAAGGGAAGUCCUACACAGGCCUGGGGAAGAAGUCCCGGCUGAUGAAGACAGUGCAGACCAUGAAGGGCCAUGGGAAUUACCAGAACUGCCCGGUCAUGAGGCCGCACACCCCACACUCAAGCUAUGGCACCUAUGUCACCCUGGCCCCCAAGGUCCUGGUGUUCCCGGUCUUUGUUCAGCCUUUAGAUCUCUGUAACCCUGCCCGGACACUCCUGUUGUCUGAGGAGCUGCUGCUGUAUGAGGGGAGGAACAAGGCUGUCGAGGUGACGCUAUUUGCCUACUCGGAUCUGCUACUCUUCACCAAGGAAGAUGAGCCGGGCCGCUGCAACGUCCUGAGGAACCCCCUCUACCUCCAGAGUGUGAAGCUGCAGGAAGGUUCUUCAGAAGACCUGAAAUUCUGUGUGCUGUAUCUAGCAGAGAAGGCAGAGUGCUUAUUCACUUUGGAAGCGCACUCACAGGAGCAGAAGAAGCGAGUGUGCUGGUGCCUGUCGGAGAACAUCGCUAAGCAGCAACAGCUGGCGGCCUCGCCCCCGGAGAGCAAGAAACUCCACCCUUAUGGCUCUCUCCAGCAGGAGAUGGGGCCUGCCAACUCAACCAAUGCUACCCAGGAUAGAAGCUUUACCUCAUCAGGACAGACUCUGAUUGGCUGAGCAAACCCAAGGGCGGGACUCUGCUUCUGGCAACUUAACCCUUUCUUGGGCAUCCCCUACCACACAGUAACCUCACCUCAACUGGACCCAAAACGGAGGACCAAGAUGGUGGGCCUCGGGUCAUCUGAAGGGAGUGGCCCCACAGGUGUGUGUGGACUGGCACCAGAAGGACCACAGUGGUAUGAGAGGCCCUGUGGGUACAGGCACACUGGCAUCAGAAGGUCCCAAAAGGAGAAGACUCAAACCUUUUCCCUACAAGGAAGAAGGAGAAGAAAUAGCAUCUGGGCUUCCUGCGGUUCCAGUGCCUGCCUUGGGGGCAACAGGAGAGAGGUUGGCAGAGGUCAGCCCUGAUGGAGAACAAUCUCAUCGUCCUCCACUGCCAGAAUAUAUCUCCACUCAUUCACUUAUUUUGCAUCUGUACUCAUUCAUUCAUUUCUUAAUUCAGCGGAUAUUUUGGGGACAUCUACUUUAUGCCAGGCUCUGGGCUAGGAGCUGAGGGUUCUGUGGAGAAUGAGGUGGACAUAGUCUCUGCUUCUGUCAAGAUUUCAGUCCUGGUAGGGGAGCGAGCAUUAAAUAGAUCAACACCAACACAUACACACAUGCACACACGUGAUUACAAACUGAUCAUCUACAAAGAAAAAGAUUCCUUUAAGAGAAAAUAUUAUUUAGGUUGCUGUGUGUGGGGGGUUGUUGGUGGGGGGCAGUGAAUAUAUCAUAACUUUUAGGUUGAGACCUGCAGGCCAGAAAGGGGUUAGCCAGUCAGACUUUGGAGAGAGUGUUCCAGCAAAUGGAAAAGCCUGUGGAGAGGAGAGAUGGGAAGGAGGUUGGUGUGCUGGGGCCAACAGAAGCCAGGCCAGUGUGGCUAGAGCUGAGUGAAGAGGCGGACCAGAUGAGUGAGGGCCAGAUCGUGUAGGGCCAUGGUGGUUAAUGUUUUACGGAUUUCAUUCUAGAUACAGUGGGAAGCCACUGAAGGCUUUGAGAAAGGGAGUCAGUCUCAGGGACAUUUCUAGAAGAUCAGAGGGCCCAAGGUGGCAUCCAAGUGGGUAGGAAUAGAUGAGUUAGGGGGUCCCUUCAGUCUUCCAGGGGCUUGGUGGCCUAUCCUAGGUAGGACCUAGGACCCUUCUGAGGGGCAAUGGUUGCCUUUCCUAGGUAGUGGUUGGGGAGGUAGGUAUGUGAGUUUCCAGACCCUUGGAUAUGGUGGAGGCUCUGGGAUAAGAAGAGAGAAUUCCCUGCCCCCCACCUCCCCUUGUUCUCCUCUACUUUGUCUUGCUCUCUCAGUGACCUACUAGGACCUACUAAGGGACAGUGAUUAGAGCCCUUCCGGCUCACUGCCUGGAGCCCAGGGUUGGACAGCUCUCAUACCAUUCUCUAACUGUCAAGACCUAGAGGGAGGGAAGCCCAAGGUCACGGGGCUGAGUGACAUAGCUCGUACACAAAAGGUAUGUGUAGGACCAUAGUCACUUGCAUAGAAAAAGGGGGUCAAAGAGGCUAGAGAGAUGGCUCAGACCAGAGAAGCCCCUGGACCUUGGGUGGUCUCUGCAUUGUGUCCUAGAAGGCCGUCUCAGUGUCUUUAGAGAGGGCUCUUAUGCCUGGUGAGGUUGCUCAGCUGCUGUGGCCACUUGAACUCCAAGAAGCAUGGCCCAGAAGAGACUAUGUCCACCACCUUCCAUUUAGGCAAGAUCAGACAUCCCCUGAACAGGGGAUGGGAUGUAUCUGCCAGCGACCAGGCUGAUGCCCCCACCCCGCAGGGGAAUAGGCUGGGGCUGCAGUGGGGCAACUGAUACACAGCAUCUGUCAGCCAGGACUCAGCCCGCAGGGUUAAUUCUGAGAGGCGGAGCGGCUGCGUCUGCACAGACAGCAAGCUGCACUUUGAUUUCAUUUGAUUCCCUUAUAAAAUGACAUUAAGGGGAAUGUGAGGCCCAGGAGAAUCGCCUGUCUGGGAAGGCAGCGACCUUGACUCUGCCAGACCUGGUGACUUACCUCUGUCCACCAGACAGGUGCAGAGGACAGGAACCCUGGCCAUUCUCUGAAAUGGAGAACGAGAACAUAACACCGAGCCCUGGGGACAGGGCUUUCCUCCCAUCCGGUCCUGACAAGCUGCUGACUUGGGGUCCUAGGCCUAGCCACUUCCAGGGGGAGCAGACGUCAGCUCCUGGAGGGCCUGGGCCAGUCUUCCCGGUGACUGUGGUGAGCCCCAGCGCCACUGCUGCUCUGCCUCUCAAAUCGAUAAGACAAUUCAUUUGGCUUCAUGGGCUGGAGAAGAUGAAACAUGACCGGGUGGCCACUGCUCUUCGGCAUCCCGGUCCGUCCCAGCCAUCCAGGAUGAUGAACAUGCUAUCGAAAGUGCAUCUGAGAGUCAUAAUCACGGGAAACAUGGCUGGGCCCCGCCCUCCACAUAAAUCAUGCUGAGAAGCCUACACAAUGGCCUCUUUCCUGAUGGUCCAAUUGUCUUCGUUUGGUGUCUGGGGCUUGGGAGCCGGGAGGAUGGGAGCACAACCAUUUAUUGUUGAAAAGGCCAUCUGUGAGAUUUGAAUACAAAGUGAUCCCUUAAGUUUCCUUCACA